AUGCCGCCCACCCCGACGAUCGACGCCAGCGUCCAUCGCUCCCGUCUCUCCCAUCUCACGCGUCCUCGUCCCCGUCCUAGUAGGUACGUCUCCGAGACCGGCCCCACCAUCGACGCGGCGGCGCUCGAUAACCUAUGUGUGCUCCGCCGCGCGUCGACGAAGAUGGGACGCGCGUUGGACGGCGGCGUCUCCGUCCCCGCGACGCACGUGAGGGGGGAGGCAACGUUGACGUCGGCGUUCGACGUCGGCGGCGCGCACGUCUUUGUCGUGCUCGCGGACGUGCAGCGCGCCGUCGCGGAGUCGUUCGACGGGAAGGAAGCGGAGCGGCGGAUGCGCGGGGUGCUGGAGGGUCUCGUCGUCGCGUUGAAGGCGUGA